UUCACAAAAUUGUCAGUAUGAAAAUAAUGUUCUUUACAGGAUCAGUGCCAUAUAAGCUAAUCAAUGAAGUGGUGACCAGCAAAUUUCUGAUGAAGGACAUACCAAAGUUGUCACCAGUCCAUCAAACCUAUGUCCUGGAAGUGUUUCACUCCAUCAUAAAUCAUUAUGCCCCAAAGAGCACCCAUUUCCAGUAUGCAGCCAUGAAUGCAAGAAAUAGUGUAGCUGUUCUACAUUACAAUGAGAACAGCAACAGACCCCAGGCAACUACAAGGAAUGGAGAGUUGAAGUUUGCAACUUGCUACCCCAAAGCUAAAAAAGGGACAGCUGCUGUGGUAAAACCAUGCAAACCUCCACCAACAUUUGGAUAUGUCACACUCAUCCAGCAAGCCUUGGUGGACAGAAGUACAGAGUGUCCAACGUAUAAAACAGCUUCAAACAAUGUCAAGCUUCUCAACCUGUACAACCCUCCCACCCUGGCCUCCACAUUUGAGCGAUUCGAUAAGAAUGAGCUGAUACAACAACAUCGCUCUCGAUUUCAAAACACAACAGUUUCCCCAUCAGAUGAAUGCUGCACAGUUUGAAGAAACAAACACAAAUUAUCUCUGUUAUUAUUCAUUGACACGAGCAUAUUUGAAGCCACAGUACUGUUCAGAUGGAAAUGUUUCUCUAAUCUUCUGCACAACACAAGCAGGCAAUAUCUUUCUGUUGUGGCGUCCCAACCGAUGCCAUAUCCACCGAACAAAUCUCCUAUAGGCAAUAUGUCUGUAUAUCCUGCAAAGGAAGAAUUCAUGCUAUGUUGGAGACAUUUUAGAUAGUCUGCAGAAUGAGGACAGUGAACUGACUAAUUAUAUUAUUUAUUGAAGGUUAUCUGUGCAAUCAUGAUAUGACAAGAAUUCAGAACACAUACUUGUACUGUGAUAAUACAUGAACAAGGUUAUUUUCUAUAUCUUUCUUUUUUCCAAAACAAUUUUUUGUAUUUAUUCAAAUUAAGGCACUAUACUUUGUUAUUGAUUUUGCUUUACUACUAGACCAGUGUGAGUUGUAUUCUGAGCCAACAGUAAUAAAAUCUAAUGUUGGUUUUUAAUCAUAAAAUAUCCUGAACUACUUACUCAUGUAUUGGUUCAUUAUCAUCAAACGGACCCACAUUUUCCAUGUACUCAUACAUGGAAACAUGCAGAACAUGUCUAUUCAGGCAGUUAGCAAUGAAUGCUUCAUGGUCUGUGAUGCAGUUGAGCUCCGCGGUUUCUGUCUGAUGGUUGACAAGAUCAAUUUCUGUACAGCAAAUACACUCCUUUACAGUUGUCAUGGAUGAGCAUUUGCCACAGACACACCUAAAAUAACAUACAGCAUAAUUUUGCAUGAAUACUGUCAUCCAUUUCAUACCAGACUAUUUGUACAGUCAAACCUGUAAUAGCAGACACCCUUAUAUAGUGGACACCUGUCCAUAACGGACAGUUCUAGGAAUCCCCAGUGAAAAUGACUAUAUAUGGUUAUCUUAGUAAAUCAUAUUUAUCAACUAAAAUGAAAAUGAUCAUUUCAACUGUUUGCUUUGAAAAGCAAGUACUGCAUUUGACUCACAGU